CCACAGUUUGCCGCGCUCUCUUCGACGACGUCCUGUUCUUCUAAUUCCUGCACAGUUGGAUUUAGCAACCUACUCGACUCAGCUUUGAUUCGGCUUCUCACCACGCACAUAGUCAUUGAUCCAGUUGUUAGUGAGAUCAAUCGUGGCUUGGCCUCCACCCAAAAUGGAAGUUUAAAUCCAGCUUUAGUGGACCCCAUAUUAAAAAAAAAUGGCUGGAAGACUCACGAGUCACUUUUAUGGUUCCUCAAUUUCUAUGGCUGGAUCUGA